AUGGCAGACUCAGCAGAUACCACCGUCUUGAAAACGCCUAUAGAGCACCCUCUCGACUCAAUUAAGGCCAAGCCGGCCACUGAACUUACCGACGACCAGCUUCAGAAGUAUGAAUGGCUUCUUAACCAGGUCAAGCACUGGUCCCAACCGGACUCCGGCGUCACCGUGCCUAAAGAUGCGCCCAAGGAUCUCACAGAGGAUGAGAAGCGCUGGCUCACGAGAGAAUGCCUUCUCCGCUACCUCCGCGCCACAAAGUGGGCCAAGGAGCAUUCCGAGAAGCGCCUGAUAGCCACACUCCUCUGGCGGCGCGAGUUCGGCGUCUACGAGAAGCUGACGCCGGACCACAUCUCGCCUGAGAACGAGACGGGCAAGCAGCUUAUCCUGGGAUACGACAAGGACGGCCACCCAUGCCAGUACCUGAUACCGAACCGCCAGAACACUGAGCCCAGCCACCGCCAGGUCGAGCACCUCGUCUUCAUGCUGGAGCGCACCAUCGAGCUCAUGCCGCCGGGCCAGGAGAUGCUCGCACUGCUCAUCAACUUCAAGACCUCUGCCACCCGGUCCUACACGGCGCCGCCGAUGAGCCAGUCCAAGGAGGUGCUGAACAUCCUGCAGACGCACUACCCGGAGCGGCUGGGCAAGGCGCUGAUCAUCAACGUGCCGUUCCUGGUCAACGGGUUCUUCAAGCUCAUCAAGCCGUUCCUGGACCCCGUCACCAAGGAGAAGAUGAAGUUCAACGAGGACAUGAAGCAGUACGUGCCCGCGGAGCAGCUGUGGACCGAGUUCAGCGACGGCGGGCUCAAGUUCGAGUACGACCACGCGGUCUACUGGCCGGCGCUGCUGAAGCUUUGCGAGGCGAGGAAGGAGGCCGAGAAGAAGAGGUGGGUCGAGGGCGGCAGCGUCAUCGGGGAGUCGGAGCUGUACCUCAAGGGCGCCACGGACAAGGGCGUGAACAGCGUCGUCGACGAUGCCGCCGAUGCUGUCAAGGAGAAGCUUGCUAUUGGAGAGGGUGAGGCGCAAAAAGCAGGCAAUGGCACAGCCGAGGAGCAGCCUGCUGCCGUGGGCAGUGCUGCAUGA